AAGACAUGGCCUGGAAACAGACACCACUCCUGCUCUUGGUCUGCAUAGCCACCACAUGCAGCGCACGGGACAGAGCAGACCUGCUCAGUGUUUGCAUGGAUGCCAAGCACCACAAGACAAAGCCGGGCCCUGAGGACAAGUUGCAUGACCAGUGUAGUCCAUGGAAGAAAAAUGCCUGCUGCUCAGUCAACACCAGCCAGGAGAUACACAAAGACAACUCCCGUCUGUACAACUUCAACUGGGAUCACUGCGGCCAGAUGGCGCCUGCCUGCAAGCGUCACUUCAUCCAAGACACCUGUCUGUAUGAGUGCUCCCCCAACCUGGGGCCUUGGAUCCAGCAGGUGGACCAGAGCUGGCGGAAAGAGCGUUUCCUGGAUGUUCCCUUAUGCAAAGAGGACUGUCAGCAGUGGUGGGAAGCCUGUCGAACCUCCUCUACCUGCAAGACAGACUGGCAUAAAGGCUGGGACUGGACCUCAGGCAUUAAUACGUGCCCAGACACAGCAGUCUGCAACACUUUUUAGUUCUAAUUCCCCACACCAGCCAGCCUCUGUGAGGGUCUCUGGAGUCACUCCUACAAACUCAGCAACUACAGCAGAGGGAGCGGCCGCUGCAUCCAGAUGUGGUUUGACUCAGGCCAGGGCAAUCCCAAUGAGGAGGUGGCGAAAUUCUAUGCUUCCCUUGUGACAGCUGGGGCUGUCACCCAUUCAGUGGUGCUUCUUGUGCCCAGUCUGACCCCAAUGCUGUCAUUAUGGCUCCUUGGCUGAGGCCAGUCUUCUCUUUAGACCUCUCCUCUCUCUCUCCCAAGCUGGGUCUCAGGUCCCGCUCCUCUAAGAAUGAGGAAGUCUUAGCUUCCAUUCCACUCCU